AUGCUCAUCCACCCAUUAGUCAGAAGAUCCCUCACUCCCAAUUUAUUCAAGCUACGCUCAGUAUGCAUACCAAGAUUCACAUCUGUAUCACCACUCAAGAGUCUUCGCUUUAACUCCACCAAACCAACCAAACUAUCAUCCAAAUCAUUAUUUGAUCCAUCAGUAUGGACAGUACCGAAUGUAUUAACAUACACCAGAAUUAUUGCUACCCCUUUUAUCGGAUACCACAUCAUUUAUGGGAGCCCCAUUACGGCUCUACUGCUAUUCACUUAUUCUUGCGUUACUGAUUUUAUUGACGGCUAUAUAGCGAGAAGAUUCAAUAUGAAGUCAGUUGUGGGAUCAAUAGUUGAUCCUUUGGCGGAUAAAUUUCUCAUGACUGUGUGUACAUUAUCAUUAGCUUAUGUUCAUUCAAUCCCACCUGUUCUUGCAUCUAUCAUAAUUGGGCGAGAUGUUAUGCUUAGUUUCAUGUCAUUUUAUUACAGAUUCCAGAGUUUAGCGCCACCAAGGACAUUAAACAAGUUUGUUAGUAUUGGUCAAUACCCAACCAUAAGUGUUCAUCCAAACUUUUUGGGGAAAUUAAACACCGCUUUGCAAAUGCUUUAUAUUGGAAGUUUAGUAUAUAAGCCACUUUUGGAAAGUGUUAUUGGUGAUGUUGCAUUCGAGGGUUUGGGGUUGCUUGUGGGUGCCACUACGUUGCUCAGUGGAGCCAACUAUGUGUUUAACAAGAAUUCAUGGAAAUAUGUGAAAUGA